AUGUGGAAGGUUGCGCUUGCCCUGGCGGGUGUAUUCGAGCUCACGACUUCUGCAAAUACUACCGUGAAGGUAAAAUGGCUCGAGGGUGCACCGAAGGUGAACAGCGGCACGACAUUUGGUCUUCCUUGGGCUCGUGGAGAACAUCUCGCAAAUGCUACCUCGUUUACGGCUUCAUCGGGAGAACUCCAGUCCUGGGUAACAGCGUACUGGCCGGACGGAACCAUCAAGUGGAGUGGACAUGCAAUACCUGCAUCGGAAGGCACUGCUGAUGGUUACCUGAUCACCGCUUCUGGGCCUGGCAAUAGUACCUAUUCCCACAUCAAGAGGCAAGCCGACGAAUCAUCGAUAAUCCAAGUCACGGAGUCGUCAGAUGAGGUUGUGGUGAACACCGGGAAGAUCAUUGCGUCAUUCUCCAGGACCGGAAACAUUCUGGUGUCCUCGAUCAGAACGUCCAGCGGCAAAACCGUUGCAAAGAACGGCCGCUUGAUUCUGAAAUCUCAGUCUGGGGUGGCUGAAGAGGGAGACUCAAGCGGAAUCGACUACUUCAGCUUUUCCAGCAAAAUCUACAAUGCAACUGUCUCUGAGGAGGGCACGGUUCGCGCUCUGGUGACCGUUCAAGGCAUUCAUCAAGCCGAGUCUGGCUCUCACAAAGACUGGCUUCCAUUCACCCUUCGAUUCUACCUCUAUGCCAACUCGGACGCCAUCCGAACUGUACACACCAUCGUGUACGACGGCGAAGCGAAGUCUGACUUCAUCUCGGGGCUUGGAAUUCGGUUUGAUGUUCCACUUGCGGACGAGAAGUUGUUCGAUCGCCACGUAAGGAUUGCUGGGACCGAUGGAGGCAUCUUGCACGAGGCGGUGCAAGGAAUCACAGGACUUCGUCGUGACCCUGGCGAAGCAGUACGUAUGGCUCAGUAUAAUGGGGAGAAAACGCCAGGUAACAGCACUUGGGACACCAAAACCUCGACCCGUCUUCAGUGGGUUCCCACUUGGAACGACUAUCGUCUCACACAGCUGUCCGCCGAUGGUUUCAACAUCAAGAAACGAACGAAAGAAGGACAGAGUUGGCUGAAGAUUCCUGGAGGUACUCGUGCCGGCGGUUUAGCAUAUAUUGGAGGCGCUACUGUUGGAGGACUGGCUAUCGGUCUACGAGACUUCUGGAAGAAGUACCCUACGAGCCUCGACAUCUCCAAUGCGGCGACUGAUGAUACCUCAAUAACAGUAUGGCUCUACAGCCCCUCGGCCGAACCCAUGGAUUUGCGACCCUAUCAUGACGGUCUGGGCGAGGACACUUACGCAAAGCAACUCGAUGCGUUAGAGAUCACCUACGAAGAUUAUGAAGAUCGCUACAAUACUCCUUAUGGAAUCGCGCGGACCAACGAGAUCUUCAUCUACGCAUUUGAUAGUACGCCUUCCGCAGACACCCUUUCGGCACUGACAGAUCACACGAACGAGCCACCAGUCCUUGUUGCAGAGUCGGAGUAUAUCAAGAAGACCAGAGCACUUGGCUCAUAUUGGAAUGUCGCUGGCGCGGCAUCUAACUCCUCAACUGAAGGACCUACCAUUGAGUCGCAUCUUGACUUCCUUAUCCAGUUCUACAGAGACCAAAUUGAGCAGCGCCGCUGGUAUGGAUUCUGGGACCAUGGAGACAUCAUGCAUGGCUAUGAUACCGAUAGGCAUCAGUGGAAGUAUGACAUCGGGGGCUAUGCCUGGGACAACUCUGAACUCUCGCCGGACCUCUUCUUCUGGAAUCAAUUCCUCCGCACCGGACGCGCAGAUGUGUAUCGUCUUGCCGAAGCGCAAGUCCGUCACGGUGGAGAAGUCGACUCGUACCACCUGGGUAACUUCACUGGCUUGGGCACACGACACGGUGUUCAGCACUGGGGCGAUAGCGCAAAGCAAGUGCGCAUUUCCACACCAGUGUACCGCAAAACGUUCUUCUAUCUGUCUGGUGGUGACGAGCGCACGGGCGAUCUCGUGCACGAGGCUCUCAAGGCUGAACAGGCUUUCGUUCUUGUCGAUGCUCGUCGUAAAGUACGAGAUCCUAGCGUCAUCUACAAGCCUGAUCCCACUGCUCUGUAUCUCAAUUUCGGCACCGACUGGGCGGGUGUUGCAGCUGCUUACCUGCUUGAAUGGGAGCGUCGCGGUCCGCGCUGGGAGGAAGCCCGCGAUAAGCUUAUUGAAACUGCAAAGACAUACCCGAAGCUGAAGAACGGGUUCGUCACAGGAGAGGCCUUGUACAACUCGGAAGAUGGAUCGUGGGCACCUCCUCCAACGGAUCCGAACAACAAUGGGACCAUCACCGUAUCUCAUCUAUCCGCCGUGUUCGGCGUCCUGGAAACCCUUGAUCAGCUUUUCGAACACUAUCCGGAGAUUUCGGAAGCGUUUGUGGACGCAUGGCUCGAUUACUGCUACUAUUAUGGUGCAUCGAAAGCGGAGCAGGCAGCGCGAUAUGGCAAGGACUUCGGAUCGCUCAACCUUCGACAAGGACAUGCGCGCUUAACGGCAUAUGUGGCGAACAAGAGGAAUAAUGCGACGCUUGCACAGAGAGCGUGGAAUGAAUUCUUGAACGACAACAGUGCGGAUGAACUGAGCCCUGACGAUCCAUGGGCGACAGUGAAGUUCAACGGAAGUGAAGUGUUGACGCCGGUGGAUGAGGCUGAUUGGAUUACUACGAACGCGGCGGCACUGUAUGGGCUUGGAGGUCUUGAAUUACUUGCACUUACAUAG